UCGCCAUCGCGUAUGCGGGUCGCGUUCUCGCACGCGGAUCCAGGCGUUUGCCAGCUUUUUUUUCUGAAGAUCCGUCGCUCCUGUCGCCGUGCUGUCGACUUUCAAUACGGCGAGGAAUACGCGUUUCACGCGGAUGUAUUGUUGCCGACGCGAUGCGACGCUGCGGAUUGUUGAGCGUUCCCAGCUGCACGGCGACAACUGCGCGGUGCUCCUGGAAGUGCUUCUGAUGAUAGAUUUAAUCUGAUCUAAUUCAUGAGGAUGAGCUCUUCGUAAUAAUCCUCGCUCUAGGAUACUCGUAUGCGGCGUAAUGAGGUGAGAUGCGAGCGGCCAGACGAGACGAAGAUGAGCAAGACGGUUUCCAGGUUAGAUCAGAACUUCUUCUCUCUUGAUUGCCGCACAAGCGCAACCAGCCCGCAUACCAGUCCAUCCAUGAAGGAAUGGAAAGCAGCUCCUCGCCGCGAAAUCUGACGAAUUCAAUCCAAAGGAAGGUACAAAGCUGCGCCUCUGCAUAGAACAAUCCAAUUGGCAAUGUUAAAAAAACAAGAGAAAGACAGAGAGAAAGGAACGGGAAUGGUGAAGCAAGGCGAGCCGGUGAUCGCGUAGUGGGACCAACAAAGUUACCUGGAUCGACAACAGAUACUUUUCUCGGCAGUAACCACCAAGACACCAUGACGACACGAUCACUCGCGUCGCCCCCGAUGCGACGACCGUCGGCCGUUGGUCUAAUCACCGCGUUUCUCCUUGUCGCGGCAGCACAAAUAUGUAGCGGAGCGUAUUACGGAAAAUUGCUCGGUAAAUUGUCUGAACUUCAUCAUGGCGUGAGUGGCGAAGUUUAUGCCGUUGAUGCAAGGACGCUAUUUAUCAAGGAUUUUACCUACGAUGGCGAAGGUCCAGCUGCCUUUUUUUAUGCUGGGAACGGCAAAGGACCAAGCAACAACAACGGGUUCCGAGUGCGAGACGAACACGGAACUACGAACGUUCUCAAACGGUACCGCAGGAAGGACAUCACGCUGACCUUACCAGAGGGCAAGACCUUGAACAAUAUCAAAUGGUUUUCGGUUUGGUGCGAGGAGUUCUCAGUAAAUUUCGGUGACGUUAAAAUACCGCGAGGCUUUGACUAUCCGAAACCACUGAAACUGAAAUCAUUGAGCGGCAUACACGGCGUCGGUUCGGAGCCGGUCGUUAUCGUGGAUGCUCAAACUCUUCUGAUACCUAGCUUCAGUUACGACGGAGAAGCACCUGAUGCCAAGUUCUGGGUAGGCGCGGGUCCGACGCCCUCGCCGCAAGGUAUCCGGGUACCCGACGAGAACGGAAAGGAGCAACCGUUGCGCCGCUACGACCGCAAGACGAUCGUUCUGACAUUACCAGGUGACUUGACGGUUCAUCAACUCGGUCACUUCGGAGUGUGGUGCGAGGCCUUCGCCGUAGAUUUCGGUCACGUGCAAAUUCCACACAAUAUGAACGUACCGCCGUCCCUCAAGAUGCUGGGAGUCUCGCCGCAGUCGAAACUUAACUGCGAAGUUCUCGAGGACAGCUUAGCUUUCGAGGUGCGAUGGGCCGUAGCCGGAGAUAGCAUAGUUGUCCAACUCGUUGCGAAACUAGAUAACGGACAAUACAUGUCCUUCGGAUUGUCCGCGGAUGUGGAUAGGAGCAUGAUGCUCGGCGGGGACGUCACCGUCGCCUGGGUCGACAAGCAAACGUUGCAGGGAUAUGCCAUCGAUUAUAUCUUGGAUGCAAAGUCUCAGUGCUCGGGACGUCGUGGUAGCUGCCCGGAUGCGCGCAUACAGGAAAACACGGACUCAGUGCGACUGCUGAAUGCAGCCUUGGUGAACGGCUACAGCAUCGUCACAUACCAGAGAUCACUGAAGGCCAGCGACGAAUUGGACCGUCCGAUACUGACAAACAGAUCGCAAGCCAUAAUCUGGGCUAUCGGGCCGUUGAACGAAAGACAGGAGGUCAGUUUUCACAGCCACUAUUUGAAAACCGAUCGGUUCAUCGAGUUCAGCAGACCGCCUGCGUGGAACUGCCCCAUGCCCGAUCAAGAACAGACCUCAGCCUACACUGACGCAAGCAGCAAUCAACAGCAGUUAAGCGUUGUCACGAGGAGGCCGCAACGUAAUCAGGCGACUCCUGCACCAGCUCCUACGAACGAUGCUUGGGAGAUACCACCCAUUCAAUGUUACGAGCCAGAAGAUGGUGUUUUGUACGCGCAGAUGGGUCCCACCGGUGGAAAACAUGGCUAUCCGGCUAUUACCGGUCACGUCGGCUGGGGAAUCUCCUGGUACAUUAACGGAUUACUGAUACCUGAGAUCAAUGUGGUUCGGGGUAGGAGAUACACUUUCGUCGUAGAAGGCGGUUUAGAUGCUGAAACGCCGGCGCGUUAUCAUCCGUUCUACAUCACGGACGACCCAGUAGGUGGUUACCAGCACAAGACGCCCGAGGAGAAAGCGAAAGUGAAGAUAUUUGCUGGCGUGCGUCGACAACGCGGCAAAGUUAUUCCCACAGGCGUGGGUCGCCUCUGCAAUUGGGUGCCAGAUCAGAAUCAGCCGCCCGCGGACGAAUUCGCAUCCUUCGGCGCUUAUCAACGCACUCUGGUUCUCGAGUGUGAUCACGGCGAGCCAGGCAUCGUGGAGUGGACUCCAGACGAAAAUACACCCGAUACUGUGUAUUAUCAGUGUUUCACGCAUCGUUACUUAGGCUGGAAGAUCAAUGUUCACGACAGUUGUGAUGCCAGUGAAGCCUCAUCGGCGGCCAGUGAGAAGCACGAGGUGUACGCUGAGCCGGCAAAGAGUCAUCAGGGAGCGCACGAUCUAGAGUAUGGCGCCAGUAUAGCUGUAGCGAGCAAGGUAAAGCCAACGGCGGAGUUCCUACAUCAACAGCAUGUUCAUCAUUCUCAUCGCGAAUACGGUCAUCGUUAUCCCCAUCAUCAUUUGACGACUAACCCCGCCAGCAAGCUAAGUGUCUCACACCACCCGCAGUUACUAACGAACGCCAAUAACGAUUACGAUCGCUUGUCGCCAUCAUCAUCAUCAUCAUCAUCAUCAUCAUCAUCAUCAUCGUCCAAGAACUCGUACGAGACACGUCUAAAGAACGCAGAUGACGAGGAAACCUUGCAGCAGCAACAUGGGCUAGCCCAUAAGCAAUCACUGUCUCAUCCGCAACUCACGGAGCUCGCGCGGGACGUUCCGGCCACUAACCAGCAAUUGUCUAACCUCGUUGCAGAUCACCAACGGCCAACGUCACUGACAAGCCACGGGACGAAGUUGCCGUACGUAGCGACGGCCAGCAGCAACGCGCAGUUACCACCGUAUUCCCGAGCGCCGCAUCAUUACGCGAGCAAUUACCAUCACUACGUCCGCCAUCAGCUUACUCCGCUCCCCCAUCGUUAUCAUCAUCAGCCUGAACCUCAGAGGACCCAACUGAUGAUCAUCCGUCGACCGGUGACAUUAACGCGCCGUCCGAUGUUACAGACGCUACAGACCUCUAAUAUGGUAACAGCGGCCGGGCUGACGCUGCCGUUCCCGUUGCCGUUGCCGUUGCCGUUGCCGUCACAGCAACGGCCGAUUUACAUCGAGCGGAAGAAGUCCGUUUACCGGCCCACCGCCGUCGUCGCGACGACGCUGAAGGCGACGUCCGAGAAAGCGGCGUCCGCGGCAUCCAACAACGUGCCGCGUGACAAGUUCGUCAAGAUUGACACGAAGCAACGGAGUACGAAACUCGAGGCGAAGGUGGGCGCAGAUGCCGCGGCCUCGGACGUCACCGAGGGUCUCACCGGUCCCACGUGGAAGGUCCUGAAGCCUGCGCGCAACACCGGCUUCGAUCCCGAUUCCAUAGUCAUCGAGGGCGGCUUUAAGCCGAUCAUCAGGAAUACCGUCGACGGGGAAGACUUCGCGCAGGAGCGAAUCUCGGGCGCGACAGCCGCGUGGCGGGACGAGGUGUACGGGAAAAGCUCAGACUAUCGGACGAUCGACGAGUUCUCACCCGUCUUUGUACCCUCGCCGCCCGUGACGACGUCCACGAUCGCCGACGGCGGCGGCAGGAAGCGACGAAAGAAGACCUCGCCGUCGCGUACCUCGCCGCGCUUCGACGAGCUCGAUGACAUGGAGAUGGCGGCCGAUCACAGGCUGGACACUUACUACCUGCCGCCGAUCGCGCAUACGAGACCGGAGCAGCUACCACCCGCCUCCCCUUCUGGCGUCCUCGUCACUUACGACGGCAAGAAGCUGAAGGACUCCACCGGGCUGGCCAGAUCCCUGGUCGACGCCGGGCAUCGUAACAGGGGUAGACUAACGUCGGACAUUCUCAGCAGGACGCCGCAGUUCGGUAAAUUUCGGGGAGAGCUCCCGCCGCCGAUCCCCGGGGAGGCGCGCAGGAACGGCACCGCGUACGGUAGAAGGCAUCGUCCGCCGCCCGUCGAUCCGUCCCGCGAUUUCCUGCCGAAGACGAGGCUCACGCUGGUGGAGAGAUCGAAGAGAUCGCCGCGCGAGAACCGCACGAUGUCCAGCGUGGAUUUCCAGCAAGACGGCGACGGACAUUUCGAGCACGAUGGGCACUGGGAAAGCGAUCGGGUCGGGGCGGUCGGCGGCGGAGGGGCUCCUCGUGGCAAUCUCGGCUGCACGAUCGUGCUGAUCGCGAUCGCGGCGCGUCUCGCUAUUUGAAAUGCGCGACGAUCGGCCGAGAAAGAUAUAUGAUUGACUUUUCACUCUGGAGCGCCGGGAGAAUCAAGAUGCGUCGGUCGUCCGUGCGCUCUCGCGGGAUACAGGACCGCUCGGAAAAAUAAUGGACAAUAUACUCCAACUGCGUUAACACCGGGGAAAGGCAAUUACUAAUCACGACAACUACUGGUUUCCUAUAAAGUAGUACAAUCCGCCUGUCAAGCUCGCGUCUCGCGCGUCUGGUAUCUCCGCUUUCGCAAUCCUCUCUCGAUCGUGUUCUUUGCAUAAUGCAGCACAGCGUAUUGUUGCCAGGAUAUUUCUUGAAGAUAAUCAUUAUAGUAGGAAAGUACAACGGACGGCUUUUCUUAGUCGUUGAUUUUCUCACGACACGUCUUUUACGUAUCAUUGUCUACGAAGGAAAUAAAACAAGCUUUAUCUUUAUUACUUUAUUAUUUUCAUUAAUCGACAUCCGUGCACGUUUGCUUUUAUAUAUUUAACACUGGGGAACAGUUUUACAAUAUUUAGCAGGAGAAUUGCAGUUAUACAUAGAUAUAUUAUGUAAAAUAUUAAUAUAUAUAUUUUUCAGAGAAAUACACAAAAAUAAUAUAUGUAUCUUGCAAUAAUUAUUGAUUAAUCAGCCAAAGGUUGAAAAUGGUAACUGGAAGAUGCAAGUUUGUAAUUUCAGAAAACUAUUACAUUAUAAACAUUGCUUUUUGUAUCUGCGUGAUAAAAAAAUUGAUUGAAUUUUAAUAAACUAGAGUCUAGACGAGGAAGACAGACGCAUAAAAACCCGAUCGAGCCUCAAAACUGCCGAUUGGCAACUGGCGCUAGAGGCGUUUGCAGCAACAGGUAUUUGUUGAGUUUUGCUGGCAUAUUUGUAAAUAAAUUAAGGCAAUUAUUAAUAAAGCUAAUCUUGACAUAGGUCUCCAA